UAUUUUUUAAUUAAUCUUGAUCCUUUUCUUGGAGAUUUAUUUUCUUUGAUUUCUGAGAGUUUUAAUGUUGCUUUUUCUUUGAAUGUUUCAUGCCCAGCUACCACAUAGAGUUAAAUAUCUUUGGGUAGGAAAAAUUCUGUAGGUAAAUGACAAAAUUAAGUCUGACAAAUCAGCUUUUAUCAUAACAUCUUAAGCUCAUGUCAUGGUUAUUACUGGAGGAGGUGAGAGUAUCAUGUACCACGCAGGCCCUUCCACGAACUAAAAAUGGGACACAUUUAUGUCCGUGGGUUCUUUCUAGUUUUCUUCUGGGGUGGGAACAUUGUUUCUGUCUCUGUCUCUCUCUCUCUCUUUUUCUUUCUCCCCUACUGCUUCCCCCUCUCUCCCUCCCUUCCUUUCUUCCUUCUUUCCUUCCCUCCUUCCUUGUUUCUCAUCUUAGAGAAUUUCUCCUAAGAAUAGACAGAGGACAGAGAUGUAUGCUCAAAGAUGUUUAUUGCAUCACUGCUUAUAAUAGGAAAAAGGGGUAGACAACCAAAGUGUCCAACAGGAAAUACUGCUGCAUCCAUUAUACCAUGUUUACAUAGACCUGUAUAUAUUGACUUGGAAGGUUGUCCAUAAUAUAUCUACUAAAAGGACAUGUGGUAUUUGUGUGUGUGUGUGUGUGUGUGUGUGUGUGUGUAGUCAGCAAUAUUGAUAAGAAGGGGAAUCUCCCAUUUUAGAGGAGAGGAAACUAUCCAGGCUAGUUAGUAAAACUAGAAAGUGUUAGUAAAAUGAGUCAGUGAAUUCAGGAGAACAUGUGCCAAUCGCCAAGACUGUAUGAGGAGAGAGACAAAGUAGGAAAGGAAGCUGCAGGAUGUUGACACUGGAGUACCCACUGAGUGGAGCUGAGCCAGGGAUGCAGUGGGAGUCUGCCCAGGUAGAGUUUGCACUGAUCAGCUUGGGCCCCACUCCUGUUGUCUUGGCAACAGGGCUCCAAGCUGAUGACAUUAAACAAAAAGAAACUUGAAGUGAGGUAAGUGGUAAUCAGAGGCAGAGCCUUGUGGUCUUGGUAGCAUCCCACCAGGGGGAAGGGGUUGGAGGGGGAGAUUUUUGAGACUGAUCAGCAGUGAGGUCUUGGGGGACAGAAUCUGAACCCCAAAUAAGAAGGUGAAGUCAGGAAUGCACACAGAGAGAGCUCUGGAACAGUCUCACCAUCCUUCCUGCCAGCGUGGCCCCGGCACACGACGCCUCACUGGGGCCCGGCAGAGCCAGGCCGCCCAGAGUGGGAGGGACAGGGAGUUCGCCACAAUGCAGGGCCCUCUCUGAAUUAACUGUUUUGGGCUCCGGCAUCACCUCUUGCCCUCCCUGUCUCCCUCCCUCUUUUUUCUGUAUCAUCUGAGGGGCUGGACCCCACUGGCCAGGGGUUUUGCCUCUUGGGGAACCUGGAACCCCGCUCUGCUUCUCCCCGGUCUCAGGUAUUUAGCAGAGAGUGAGAUGGCCAGUCUCCACAGCGUCCAGAUACCUGAGGCCCCCUUGCCCCCCGCAGUGCGUGGUCUCUCACUGAGGUGGCCUCCCCAAGGCUCUCCCACCCACCUGAUGGCUCUUCCCUUUGACCCUUUUCACAGAAGCAAAUGACCAGCCUUGACCCACCUUUCUGAGCAGGUGGUUUGGUGGCCUCAGUGGGAUGCAGACCUUUGAGACACAGAAAACUUUUUGCUCUUGGGGAAGGGGGAACAGUGUCCUUGGGCCAUAGUGACCCUGUCACCAUUCCCACCGGAGCAGGGACAGGAGCACAGUUUCACCUCUGGCAGGACAUCCAGCCACACGCACACUGCACCAUUCACUGUGGGUUCUCUGGGUGGGAAGAAUAUAUGUGACUCACUUCUUUUUAUACCUUAGUAUCGAUGGCUAUUUUAGGAUGAACACGGGUUUAUAUGAAUUGUAAAGAUCCCUUUUCAUUUUGUAAAAAGAGAAAAAUCUCUUCUCGAGGGCGUUGACGUUGGAAACCUACUUCCAGGUACACUGAGUUCUUAGCCUGAGUUCAUGGAUAUCUGCAUUGUCUCACAUGGCUUCAGGGGUGCUGUGAACCCCCAGAAAUCAAAUUUAAAAGUAAGUGUAUGCAGUCCUUUUUCAAGGGUGAAGAUCAUCGGUAGCUCUUAUCAGAUUCUCAAAGGUAAGGUAGAGGGGAUCCAGGCCCUGAGUUGGGUAAGCAUGUCUGAGGUUCUUUUCGUAGCUCUGUUUGGGGACCUGUCUUGAACAAUCUCUCUGAUUUCUAGUCUCUGUCAUGAUUUGUCCUUGGUGCUCACAGCAUCUACCCCAGGGGACCCGGUUAGGUCAAGGCCAGUUACCAGUGGUCCCAUAGGAGUGUGAGGUUUCCUGGCUCCUCCAGGAGUCCGCAGCUGGGCUCAGGCUGAGGUCGCAGUGGGUCUCCUGCCCCUGCAGUCUGGCCGUCCUGUGGACUUGGGUCUCAGUUGUCAGAAGGAGGUCAGGCAGGGAGGAGAUGAGAGCUUGCAAACAGCCUAGGACAGGAACUGAGUCCUCAGCCGCAUGAGGCCCCACCCUGUUGUGGGCUCUGGUGGUGUAGUUCUGGUUUUUAUUUGAGAAUUACACACAUUUUUAUAUUCAGUGCAGGCUGGAGACAGAAAGGGCAUUAAAGACGCCUUAGUGGAUUGAGGAACACAAAGGGAAUUGUGGGAAUUACCUGUCAGAGCAAAUCAUUCUUCUUUGGCAGGCCAGUGAAGGAGAGAAUUCAAGAGCCUUUUGGACUAUUGGGAGGAAGAAAUCAGAGACAUCAGGUGACAGGACUAGGGGUGUUUAACUUAUGAGAAGGCACCAUCUUGGAUAAGCAGAAUUAUUUAAGGGAGUUGUGGCCCCAGGGCUGACUGAGGACAGACUUGAAUGGCACAAGGAAGAGGUGACUCUAGUCACCUAGGCAGGUGACCAGCCCGGGGCUGAGGUCCCAGCAGGCAUGAGGCAAGCUGUGGAGCUAGGAAGGUGAAAAGCAGGUGCUGGGGCCACACGUCGGCCCCACAAGGUUCUUUGCCGGCGCAGUCAGUGGUGAGACCUCUGGGGCAGCUGAGCGCACAGCCGUGGAGACAGAAGUCAGCCAACACUUGCCCACCUGCCCUGGGACACCUGUGGAUCCCUGACACCUGUCUGCAACCUGCCAGGGUGUCUGUGUAAUCAGAGGAAGAGAUGACAACUAAACAACAGCAGGAUAACUAAACAACUAAGGCAGGGAUGGCAGGAGGUGCGGGUUCCGAGGUCACCUGACUCCCUGUAAAACUGACUCUUCCACAUGGGGAAGUUCUCUCUCCUGGAAAGGGCCUUUAUUGGCACAGUGGGCUAGUUGCCAGGUCCCAUCCCUGGGGCCAUCAGGAUAGCAAGGGGAGGGUCCUGGAGGAGGGGCAUGACCACGCCCACCACAGCACAGGAUUGGCAUGGGAGAGGAGCCACCCACUGAAGGGAAGGAGGGGUGGUGCCCUGAUCCAGGCGUGGGCCCACGGUGCUCCGUCAAAAUCUUCCUGUAAAGGCCUGCAUACAGCGGGUUAUUCAGGCUAGAGCUGCUGGGAGAAGGCCAGGAAGCAGGUGGAUUCUUGUCCUCUGCCCUGGGCCAGAGCCCCCAUAUGGAGUGAAGAGCUGGAGGCCGUGGGCACCGGCUUAGUGCCCUGGAGGAGAGGCACUGGCCUGUCUUCGUGCAAGUCAGAGUGAGUCCCAGGGAAUGAACUGGCUGCACACACCUGGCUGUAACAUGACCCGCUGACUGUGUGCAUCGCUGGGCAUCUGGAAGUAACUAAGGGGGCCCGAGGCCCGAGGCCAGACAGGAAGGAGCCCUCUGCCUAGCGGCCUGUGCUAAUUAAGUCAUGAUCUGACCCUGACCCUGAACUCUUUGUUUCUCUCCUUUCCUCUCUUCCGUGGGGCCGUCAAUAGAAUAAAUAAAAAUUAAAAGAAGCAAAUCAUCAUUGGAUGAAACAUCUCUCUCCAGACACGUUCAUAGCAUUGGCUGCUGGGCAGAGACUUGCUGGUAGGCCGUAUUUCACCUGACGCUCUUCUCGAGCACUCUUAACACCCUCCCCAACUGGACUGUAAGCUCCUGCAGAAGCGCAGAGACUGUAGCCUUUUAUUCUCUGAAGACGUCCCAGCAGGUGCUCCAUAAAUGCUGGAUGCUGGAUGGGAGAUGCAUAAACGCCCGGCCUGGCAGGUCAGCAGGCCUGGCUUACAGGCUGUGGAACCCCAGGCCAGUCCCUUGACCUGCCUCUGCCUGAGGUCCAUUGCCUGGUGGAUGGUUGCUCUUCCUUGAUGAAGUCCAAGGCUGGAAAAAGCAGCGUGGGCCAGUUGGCUCGAAUUCUAGUCACAGCUACAGGGAUGUCUGCUAAUGAGGCACAUGGACCCGUCCUCUGCACGUUGGGGAGGGUGUGGGUGAGACGGGGAGGGCCUGCGUGAAACAGCACCUGAUGGUUUUACUCUGUGCUCCUAAGAAGUUUGCUAGUUGCCUUUACGAGUGAGGGGGCCCAGGGAACCGCUUUAGAGGUCAUGUUCUCGGCCAUUAUUUGACAUCGAGACCUCGCUGGCAUCUUCGUAUACAAGAAGGUUUAUGGAUGUGAGGACAGGAUGAAAAUGACAGUAGGUGAGAUGAGCAGGUAAAGCAGACGUAAAUGGGAGAGACUCGUAUCCACGGGGUAGCUUAUGAAGUGUUCUCUUCUGCUGGGAAAUCGCACCACAAAGCAAUUGCGUGCCCAUUGGUGCUGAGUUAAUUAUCAAUUAAAGGCGUCUCCUAUUCUGUAAUUCAUGUUGGCCACAGUGAUACUGGGGUCCCAGGGCACUCAUCUAGGUUCAUGGGGUUUUUUACACCUACAUGAUGAAACUUGUUAUCCUUCCGUCUGUUUGCCUGCCCGCUGUUCUUCUGACGCUCCCACAGUCCUUUUUCCUUCUGAGCUGCUGUCAUCUGCGUGGGAUCAGCAGAGCUCCUAAUUGUCCUGAGGGCAUCGGAGGAGCUGGGGAGGCCUGCCAGGAGAAGCAGUAUCCUGCAGCGCCAGGCCCCAGGCGUGGAAUCUGCUCCCCAGCCCCCGAGUCUGCCCCACAGCCCGCUCUGAGAUGAACAAGGCAAGCCCAGGACUCCUAAUGGGCAAGUCAGGCAGCAGCUGGGGCAGAGGUGCCUCCAGCCCAGGUCUGCUCCUUUGCAGCCGACCUCUCCCCGGAUCCCUGCGCGUCAGCCCCAGUGGGACCAACUGGACCGGGCUUCAGAGGUAUCUCGAUCCUGCCUGCUGCCUCUUAUCUGCUGUGUUUGUUCUCCCUCCUCCUCCUCUCCUCUUCCCCGUGUUGCCAGCUUCAUUUCGGCCUUUCAGUCCCAGCUUGGGUGUCUUCUCGAGGAAACCUGCUUGGAUGAUCCCCAGCCCCCGGGCUGGUCAGGUGACUGCUUUCCCUUAGUGUUCCCACAUGAGGAUUCAAGAAGGUAUUUCACCAGAAGCAUGGAGCACAGUGCCUGGCUCAGGGCAGACCUUUAAUUCAACAAGUACUUAUGGAGGGCCUUCCCUGUGCUGGUUGCUGGGGGAGUAUAAACUUGAAAGAGGCAUAGUUCUGGCCCUCUGGACAUUUGGGUUGGUGAGUUGAUAAACUGUGGACACCUCUGCUUACAUGUACUAUAGUGUGAGCUAGGAGGGCAGCAAGAACCAGGUGGGCUCAUAGAAGGGGGAUGUCCAAACUACUUGGGGAUUCGGGGUGGGCUUCCUGGAGGAGGUGACCCCUGGGAUGAGUUAUGGAGUUGGCCAGAUCUGGGAAACAGAGGUUGGGGUGAGGUUAGAGGCAUAAGCAAGAGGAGGGAAACAUCCUGAAAAGCAUCCUGUGGGAAUGGGGGCAGCUCUGAGCAGUUCAGGACAAUGAGAACCAAGGUAGGGGAGGGGACGUAGGGAGAUGGAACUGGGGAGACGUCUCACCCCAUGGCCUCUAUGCAUCAGAACUUCCCCUGAUUGUCUGGCAUCUCGAGGACCCUUCAGAGGACCCCACAUGGACUGACGCUGUGUCCUGGUGACUCAGGAAGGUGCGAAACAGUGGAAGCUUCGCUUUUCCCUGGCCCAGACUCAAAGGGAGUCUGCCCACAGGCAUGGCCAAGGGGUCAGAACCUGGUACCACUUUAUAACAGAGCAGAGUAAAGGAUUGAGGGGUGCCGCACAGCCGGAAGGGCUGGGUCAUUGACAUACUGCCUUAGGACAUCUACUUCUCAUCAUUCUCUUGAUCUGGCACAAAUCCUCCCAUGAGGCUGCCCAUGAGCGACAGAUGGCUGGGGCAGCCCCAGGUUUCCAUUCUUAGAGAUCAGCGUCCGGGAGAAAAGGAGCCCCUUUCCCCGUGUCUGUAGUGUACCUCUCUCAAGGAGGCAGGACGAUGUGAUUGACAGUUCACCCGAACCACAUGCGAGGGAAGGAGUGGUUCACCAACAGAAAGAGCAGUAGAUGGACAAACAGAACAGACUGCAGGUCCAGCAGACGGUGGGGGAGAACCUGGUCUGGAGGCAGAGGGUCCACCUGAUCCCAGUGUCGGCAGCUAAGAAUGGAGUCACUAGCAAGAAUCGAAAGAGGAUCAUGCCUGACCCGGUGACGGAGCCCCCCGUGACGGACCCCGUUUACGAAGCCCUUUUGUACUGCAACAUUCCACGUGUGGCCGAGCGCAGCAUGGAAGGUCACGCUCCGCAUCAUUUUAAGCUGGUCUCAGUGCAUGUGUUCAUUCGACACGGGGACAGGUACCCACUGUAUGUCAUUCCCAAAACGAAGCGCCCAGAAAUUGACUGCACUCUGGUGGCUAACAGGAAACCGUAUCACCCUAAACUGGAGGCUUUCGUGAGUCACAUGUCCAAAGGAUCUGGAGCCUCUUUCGAAAGCCCCCUGCACUCCCUGCCUCUUUAUCCCAGCCACCAGCUGUGUGAGAUGGGAGAGCUCACACAGACAGGGGUUGUGCAGCAUCUGCAGAAUGGCCAGCUGCUGAGGGACGUCUACCUGAAGAAACACAGACUCCUGCCCAGUGACUGGUCCACAGAGCAGCUUCGCUUAGAGACCACUGGCAAAAGCCGGACGCUGCAGAGUGGGCUGGCUCUGCUUUAUGGCUUUCUCCCAGAUUUUGACUGGAAGAAGAUUUAUUUCCGGCACCAGCCCAGUGCUCUGUUCUGCUCCGGGAACUGCUACUGCCCGCUGAGGAACCAGUACCUAGAAAAGGAGCAGCGUCGGCAGUACCUGUUGCGUUUGAAAAACAGGCAGCUGGAGAGGACCUACGAGGAGAUGGCCAGGAUCGUGGACACCUCCACCAAGCAGCUCCGGGCCGCCAACCCCAUUGACGCCAUGCUCUGCCUCUUCUGCCACAACGUCAGCUUCCCCUGCACCAGGAAUGGCUGUGUUAACAUGGAGCACUUCAAGGUGAUCAAGAGGCAUCAGAUAGAGGAUGAGAGCGAGAGGCGGGAGAAGAAACUGUAUCUGGGGUACGCGCUCCUGGGCGCCCACCCCAUCCUGAACCAGACCGUGGGCCGCAUGCGGCGCGCGGCAGAGGGCCGUAAGGAAGAGCUCUUUGCUCUCUCCUCUGCUCAUGACGUCACUCUGGCCCCGAUUCUCAGUGCCUUGGGCCUUACAGAAGCCAGGUUCCCGAGGUUCGCGGCCAGGUUGAUCUUUGAGCUCUGGCAAGACAGAGAGAAGCCCGGCGAGCACUCCGUCCGGAUUCUCUACGACGGUGUCGAUGUCACGUUCCACACCUCGUUCUGCCAGGAUCACCACAAGCGGUCUCCCAAGCCCAUGUGCCCCCUCGAAAACUUCGUCCGCUUUGUCAAAAGGGACAUGUUCGUGGCCCUGGGUAGUGGUAGCACUAAUUAUUUUGAUGCGUGUCACAGGGAAGGAUCCUAAAAGGUACGUGGUGCGGCGCUAACAGAAUCUAUGCCAAUACAGAGGGAUGGGAAAGGUCCACUUCUAGUUCUUUUGGUUGCUAAGGGUACAAGGUGAUUUUCAAAGGCCGGAAAUCAUGCUUGGGGGCCACACAGAUUUAGGGUUGAACAGUGACUAUGUUGCUGUAAUUGGGUACUUGAGUUACUUGGUACACAAUGGCCAGUUCACAGAGAAAGGAAGGUACUUUAUCAUAGCCAGUUUGCUUAGGAUGCCAGAACAAUGCGUCAGUACCCAAAGCUGCCAGUCCACAUACGUGUUCUUCUGAUCUGCCUUGGUACUGUAUGAUGGAACCAGCAAACCUCAGCCAGAAGCUUCUUCAUCUGGGACAGUCUUACCUUGUCCUUGUUCAGUGAACAAUUUCCUGAAGUGAUUUAUCUAAAAUAGGGGUAGGCAAACUUUUUCUGUAAAGGGCCAAAUAGUAAAUAUUGUAGACCUUGUGGACCCAAAGGCCACAUAUAGCAUCUGUCACAGCUACUCGAUUCUGCUCUUGUAACUUGAAAGCAGCGACAGACAGCAUGUGAAUGAAUAAGCGUGGCUGUGUUCAUAGGCCGCACAGAACAGGCACUGGGCCAGGUGUGGCCCGAGGGCUGUAGUUUGCUGAUCCCUGUUCUAACAGCUAGGCUCUACUACAAUUGCACUUGCAGCACUUUGCGAGAGAACCAGUUGCAUACCCAGAAUUAUUCAGUGGUGCCUCCAGUAACUUCUGCUAGAAACACAGAAUCUGGUCUGUAUCCGACAUUAUAACACAACUUGAGGGGAAAUAAACAUUGAGUCAAAAUGAAUCAUAGAAAAAUUAUUAGAAUAUUCCUUGAUGUUCAUGAUGAUUAUGGUAUAAGAUAGUUCUGUCUUAAAUAUUUGUCUGCUGUAGUCUAUUUGCUGUACAUGCUGAAAUUUUUGUAUUCCAUUUAGUAUUUUUAUAGUCUAGGGAAAUAUUUUCUAAGACGAGUUUUAGAUGUGUUCUGAUUCCUCUGAAAUAUUCAGUUUACUGUAUCUGCUUGAGGGUUAGAAGGGAGCCAGAAGCUGAAUUCAGGCACUUUCUUCCAGUAAAACUAAUUAUGGCUCAUUGCCUUCGACGAGCAGUAGAAUUGGAUCGAUUUUUAAACCAUUUUCAUGUUUCAAAUGGUACAUUGAAUUGAGUUUUAAAUAAGUUUUUGGAAGAAGUUUGUUACUAGAUAGUUAAAUAAUCUUUAUAAGGUAUUUUAUAUAUUAGAAGCAAUUAUAAUUAAAUCUGUGAUUUCUGACUAAAACGGUGCUAGUUCUGUGCGAAGAAAUAUAAAGUGAGAUUCCCCGAUGUCGCUGGUAUUCCAGCCUUUUCUGUUUGUUUUUUGUCCAGUGUUGCAUUUGAAUACAUCCGUUUCUAUUAAUAAAUUUUUGAAGAUUACUCGUACACACAA